AUGACUACCGCUCCUGAUUCUAACAAUGAUUUCAAAUUUGCUACACGGGGUCUUAUACGAGCGAUGGAAGAUCGUCACAUCUAUUCAGAUCCUAAUCCAAAUGAUGAACAGCAAAAUAUUGUCUGGGACACUAAAGCAUAUGAUUUCCUCGCGGGAGAAUGCCCCGAUACAGCCGAAGCAGCACUUUGGAGGCAAGGGCAGUUGUGCAAUGCAACAGCAGGCCUUUAUCUUGUCACUGAAGGUGUCUAUCAAGUUCGUGGACUUGAUCUCGCCAAUAUGUCUAUUGUGAGAAUUCCGGGCACAAAUGGUAUCAUCAUAAUCGACUGCUUGACCUCUGUUGAGACUGCCCGCAAAGCUAUUGAGCUUUACCAGCAAUGGCAUGUAGAGAACAAUGGCCAAGAAGCAGAAAUCAAGGCCCUCUUCUACACCCACUGUCAUGUAGAUCAUUUUGAUGGAGCGGCUGCUAUCGUUCUUAAGGCGAAGGAACAAGGUCAGACUAUUCGGAUUUUCGGUCCUCAGGGCUUUCUCGAGCAUGCUGUUAGUGAGAAUGUGUACGCGGGAGCAGCAAUGUCUCGUCGAUCAAUCUAUAUGUACGGUAUGAAAUUACCUAAAUCUCCCGCUGGACAAAUUGGUUGUGGACUUGGACAGUGCACAUCUACCGGGAAAAUCUCACUCGUGGCACCAACUCACUACAUCACCCAGAAUGGCGAUCUUGUAGAUGGUAUCGAAGGCCUGCAGAUCAUAUGCCAAUUGACUCCAGGAACGGAAGCUCCAGCUGAAGUAAACUAUUACCUUCCCGACUAUAAGGCUUUGUGUGUGGCGGAAAAUGCCACGCAUACUCUACACAAUAUUCAGACUCUCCGAGGAGCUCCAGUGCGCGAUGCCCGACUUUGGUCGCGAUACCUGGAUGAGUCGAUUACUCUAUUUGGCGAUAAGACAGAUGUGAUAUUUGCAGGUCACCAUUGGCCAACCUGGAAUGACGAUGAAAAUUUAGUCCUACAAUUUUUAUCAGAGCAACGUGAUUACUACGCCUAUCUUCAUAAUGAAUCGCUUCGACAGAUCAAUGAUGGACAAACCCCUUUGGAGAUUGCAGAGAACAUUCAGAUGCCUCCCAACUUGAGUGCGAAGACGCAUCUUCAAGGUUAUUAUGGUUCAAUCAGCCACAAUGUAAAAGGUGUUUAUGACAAAUACAUGGGUUGGUUCAAUGGGAAUCCAGCUUAUCUCUGGCCACUCCAACCCACAGACGAGGCAACCGAGUUUGUCAAAUGCAUGGGCGGAAAUCAAGCCGUUCUUGACAUGGCCAACGAAUAUAUCAUGAAUAAAAAUCUUCGAUUCGCAGCUACGCUUUUGGAUAAACUCGUGUUCAAAACUCAAAGCUCGGUUGAGAAAGAUAGUGAUAUUGCGAUACAAGCAAUGGUAACCCUGGCUUCUGUAUACAAUACUCUCGGAUGGGGCUCAGGAAAUGCCACCUGGCGUAAUUUUUAUUUGACAGGCGCUCAUGAAUUAAAGUUUGGGCCUCAGAAAGUAGAUCUUUCCAUGUCACCUGAAGCAUUGCUGACAUUGAGUUUUGACGAGCUAUUCGACACAAUCGCUAUCAAAAUCGAAGGACCCACCGCUUUCACGAAACCAGAGGUGUAUUUAGUGAAGGAAAUCACCAUCGAUUUCAUGGUUUUCGAUGUCCAACAAAACAAUAAGCCGAAUGCUGGUUGGCAUUUGAGAUUGAGCAAUGCUGCCAUGACGGGCCAUGCCAUUCCAUACGUAGCUUCCUCGGAGAAGCCAAAUCCGGGGAGUGAUUUGACUAUUUGGUUAGAUCAUGUGAAUCUUGCCAGAUUAAUUGGAGCCACGGCUCUGGGGAGAAGUCCAGUUAUCGUGAAUAAUCCAUAUAUCGCCCUCACUACUGCUGGAGACGUAGAUGCGUGGACUAAGAUCACAGCCUUGAUCAGAUUACCGAGUGCUGAUUUCAAUAUUGUUACGCCUUGA